CGUCGCGUCUUUUUCAAUCAUUUUUAAUAUUGAAUGGCCAGGGGUGUCCGUUGUCUUAACGACAUAUCAAGACAUUUUGCAUGUACUAUACGUAGUCAGUUCACAUCUACUGAAUCUGACGAAAAUAAACCUCAAUUUUUCUGAUAGUUCCUUCAUUAUUUUUCUGUCCCUUUUCAAUUACUCAUUGGGAUUAAUAGUUUUUUCAAUUGAGGCUCGUGGAUUUUUCUUAAUUUUCCUUUCUUUUUUUUUUGUCUCUUUCGUUCGUACAACACAUGAUAUUUAAAACUUCGGUCGAUUCUUUGUGUGGUGGGAGUUUCUGGCUGGAGUCGCCAUGGUAUCACAAUCAUCUCCUAUUCCAAGAAGUUUGGAAGCUUUGCCUGCGAGACCGCCGACUCCACCUCGAGAAAAGAAACAAGACAUCGAUUCGUCCAAGAAUAUCCUAUCCGCCCAAUCCGCCGAUGCCCGAUUAAAUCUACAUACACCGCCGAGUUAUUCCCCAGAUCCUGCCGAUACCACCAACACAAGUUCUCGAAGAUUGCGAAAGAAGGUUGGAUUUUUAGCACAAGCAGAAUAUCGAGAAGCUCCAACAUAUGCGAACAAAGAAAAUGUUGGAAAACAAUCUACACCCGGCUCGGUUCCUUCAUCGACAAAUUCGUUGAAACCUAUCAAAUCUAUUUUGAAACAGACUUCGAGCCCCGGCCUAUUAAACUCGCUAGACCCAUCGACCAUUGGCGACGACGGGUUCGGGUCGGUCGAUGUUGUCACUAUGUUGGAUUCCACGAUCCAGCAGCUCGCUGGAGCUGACCGAGACUCCAAAAUCGAUGCGUAUACGUUGCUAGUACAGACAUUGAAAACGUCUAACAAUUUACCCGAUCGAUUCGCCCUACAAGACAAGAUGAGUUUAUUCAUGCAGUUCAUUCAACGGGACAUCACAGCGUAUAGUCCAAGCGGAAAUAUGGAUAUGUCUAUGGUAAACCACGCCAUCACCUUGCUCUGCACCUUUUUAAAUUUCCCUGGGAUCGCCUCGACAUUAUCCUCCGAUUUCGGUUGCUUCAUCGUCGACCAUUGUAUCAAAUCUUUCGAGAAUGAUUCAAUGCCCAAAGAUGUACUCAGACAUAUGAUGCAAAUCGUGGCACUACAAAACUUCUCGGCGAAGGUUAUGACAGCGGAUCGCGUUGGCCGAUUAGUAAACGCUCUUCACAACAUCGACGAACAUGUCAAGGGGAAAAGCAUUUAUAUGUCUCGUAUCGCAAUCUAUCGGAAAUUGAUCAAACAGUCAAAAUCUCAUAUGGUCACACAUACGGACUGGAUCUCGGAUUUAUUCACCGACAUGGUUAGUACCAUCAAGGAAAUCCGUGCUUCAGCUAUCACGCUCGGUCUGGAAGCCAGUUUCACAGUCGCAAAGGAGAAACAACUAUCCAGGAAGGUUAUGGAAAAUCUACAAUUCCCAGAUGGUGAGAUCAAGUAUAUGAAUUACUACGCCGAAAGAUUAAUGGCUAUGACAAAAAACAAGGCCGACUCGGCCUCAGUUCCUCAAGUAUGGAGUGUCGUUAUUCUUUUACUCAGGUGUCCAGUUGAUCGAUGGGAAUUUUUCAACCCUUGGUUAGAAAUUAUCCAACAAUGUUUCAACAGCGGAGACUAUUACACCAAACUUGAAGCCAACUAUGCUUGGAAUCGUCUCGUCUACAUUCUACAUCUAAACGAUUCAUCUCUUUCGAAAACCAUCCAGAAGGUGUGCCAGCCAUUCAUCAGUCAGAUGAAAAGGAAAGGUAGUAGCAAGAAAUUGGACGAACUACGAAAGGCCGUCAUUGCUAGUAUCUGCAACCUCUACUAUUACGUUUUCAGACCAAACAUAAGUACAAUACAGGUCGGCAGCUAUUGGGAUGCGUGUGUGCGUCCCUUGAUUCAACGAUUGGUUUCUCCUGAAGUAGACGGUAAACCAUCAGAGAAUUCUGCGGUCGCCACCGAGAACCUCACUCAGGCCACGUUAAUACUCACCGGAUUAUUCGAUUCGACAACACCUCGAAUGUGGAAAGAAGAUCGGGUCGCCGAAAACUCCCCGGUUAAACCAGAAGAAUUGCCUGCGUUGGAUCCAAAAUGGGUCAGGCAAAACUCUGCGAGGGUAUUUUAUGUAGUAGAGCCUAUUCUACAAAAGACAUUCCUCGAUCUCGCGAACCCCGAUUCCGUUUCAUACAAGCUUUGGCGCACACUUGUUGGUGCCGUAGCUACUGCCGCGUCCAAGGAAAUCAAGGUAUCUACUGAUACGGCCACCUUCAUGGCGCACGCCUUCAGUGUGUUAGUCAGGAUAUGGACGCAAGGACUCACCCAACCCGAUGUCGAUGUCCAAACCGAUUCAUCCCAAACAUUCUUAGAGGCAAUACAAACCUAUAUCAUGAUGAUAAUAGAAUCGUUGGGCCUCCUACCAUUUACCGAAAAACUACUUUCAUUAAAUCAACAGAAUUCCUUUAUCCCAAUAGCAACGCCCUCUCGUCGUUUGGAAAAGGGCCAGGGCCUAACACGAACACCUCUUCACCACCUAUUUUCUAUACUCUCUUCGUUACCUCCAGGGAUUCCGGAUGAUGACGGCUUGUCAAACUUGAUCCGAGUUGUUUUCGACCCUUUCCUACUCUCCCGGUCUUCAUCUUCCGGAAAAGUCGAUCUAGCCCGCGAAUUCACGCAAUUACUACCUAUGGAUGCCUUGGUUCCAUAUGGACCAUGGGUUUUCAUUUCCGAUGUGUUAUCUCUAUCUUUAGAGAGCAGCCAGGCUAGUCACCAGUCCACUGCUUCUGGGAGUGAUCCGACAACACCCGGUCAUGAGUACCGUGAAAUCGUCAAGCACUUAGAAAGGGGCCUUCAGUCAACACCACAUCUGCCUUACGACCAAUGGCAUUCGCUGUUCCAAUUAUUAGUGACUCGAGUCACAUUUGACACAGGCGAGGCAGGUUGUGCUAUUGCAGUAGUAGAACCGUUAGCUAAGAACCUCGUGGAAUCUCUCUCGGCAUUUUCUCACGAUGCGAUACCCUAUAAUCACUUAAAGAGUAGUAUUGAGUUGAUUGCUACCGCCAAACAGCCUCGGGAUAAGCAGGCGCUCGAUGCUGCUCGACGACGUCUAUGGGGCACAUCCAUUUCCGGAUCUAGGACCGCUUCUUUUGAUCCCUUCGAGAACUUUUACCGACUCGUCAAUCAACUACUCGAAAUUUCAUACGUACAAGCAGGACAUUACGACCAAAACGACAUCAUAGUACCUUUGCUUAAAGAGGCCGCUGACUUCCUAACACGUUGUACUUCUUCUCUUGUCUUCAGAUCAGUAGUUCAAUUGCAACAUGGCAUCAGUCUAUGGAUUCAAGACGCAGAUACUCAGUAUAGCAGUACCCAAUCCUCGAAUGUGUCCGAAGCUGUGGAUAUUCUAUGGGAUCGAAUAUGUGGUCUAUUUUCAGACGCAAGUUCACCCAAUGAUCUACAACUCGACACUGUUGAGGAAUUGCUAUGCUCAGCAUUCCAAAGUAAGCAUAGACAUGUUAUCAAUACUAUCUCAGCUCUAUGGAAUCGCAUUUUCGAACAAGUUGAAGAGAUUCAAUACCCGGAGAAACUCAAGGAGGUCCUCAUUUCGAUCCAUUCUUAUGUCGAUAUUACACUUCCUGGUUUAGAUCUUUCGAGCUAUGAAUUUAGCGGACAAGAACCAACUUUUAUUGAUUCCCAAGAUGACUUGGUGGCGGAUAUUUCUUUCGAUGUGGCCAGUCAUCAUCAAACUCCACCAGUUGAACGGCCUUCAUCUUCCAAACAGCCCCCUACUCCUGGGUCCGUUCGGCUCUCAUUACCUACGAAACGCCAAACUGAUUCUACUCCUCGACCAAAAUCAGCGAGACGUAGUGCAACCCCAAAGCUGCGACAUGACGAUUCUCAAAUUCAAUUCGCUGCCAUUCAAUCAUCUUCUCCUGGUCCUGAUGCGAUGGAGUCUCAACAUUUAACGGACCGUCAAAAAGAGGUCCGUGAGCGACAAAAGGAAAAUGCCGGAUUGUUCCCUGAAAUCCGAAGUAGCGUCGAAAAGCAAACGUCUCGACCUACCUCACGACAUUCAAUCCAAACGAAGAUUCCACAACAAGCGAGGGCCUCGACACCUCAACCAAAGCAUAAUCUUGAAGAUUUCGUAUCCACGCCGACGCCUCGACGUGGCGCAGCUACUAUUAUAGAUGAAGACCAUGAAAUGACAGAUGAUGUUCCUUCGUCACCACCGGAGCCUCGUCGAAAUCUACUUGCAGAAAUGAGACCCAGGUCCAGAAGCAAUAGUGUAUUUCAGGAAUUCCCAAUACUAUCUUCGCCGAUUUCUGGAUCUCCACGUAAACAGCAAGCACCCGCUGGGGAUGCCCAUGUGGAUCAGGAGAGUAGUGAAGAUAUCGAGGAUAGCGUCAUAGAAGGAGUCGAGCAGGAUGAGGAAAACAAAGUAGUGGUCUCCAAGCCCAGUCACGAGCCUGCGACUGUUGAGGACGAUAACGCCAAUGAAAUUCAUACUCCAAAGAGACCAUCGACUCCAGAGAAAAGGCCCUUGGGUAAGAUACUAGGGUCUUCGCCUCGAUCUGGUCCUGAUGAGUUUGUGGAUGCUCUCACUAGCCCAACUCGUUUAUCUCCCCGGACUCUUCGAAGCAAUGCCAUGUCAAAGAGUAAAGAAGCCGUUUCAAGCCCUCAAUCGUCGCCUCAACCUCAUGAUCGUUCUUUUGAACUUAGCGAUGGUGAAGAGCGAAGCUUGGCACGUCUGGUCGUCGAGCUUGAUUCCAGGAAAUGCGAUCCUAUGCCCAGGUAUGAAACCGAAUCGCCUGAGAAACCUCAAGAGACAAGUACACCAUCUAUUGAUUGUAUUACGGUAAAUGCGGGCUCGAGGAUGACACGCAGUCAAUCCAAGAAGCAAGAGAAUGAACAAUCAUCGCCAGUCGCUCCUUCGUCAUCUGCAGAGAUGGAGAGUCUCCAUCCUCCAUCAGGCAAGAAGUCAAGAAGGAAGAGAAAGCGAAAUACAGAAAAGAGCCAAGAAUCGAGUAGCCAUAAGAAGCGAAGGCAUCAAAAGCAAAAGGAAGAAGAACCGGUUCAUGAUAGCCAAAUUGAUGAAGUUGAAAUGGCUGAUGCAGCUGAGACUGACGCUGCCAUGGAAGCAAGCGUGGAAUUGGAUACUGAUGUAGAUUUGGGCACCGACGCGUCCCUAAUCUCUUCGCGAUAUUUCUCGAAACAAGAACCCAAACAAGAAAGCUCAUCGCCGAUACAUGACGACAGUUAUCUGGAACGUAGCGAUUCUGAUACAGAAGCGGUACAACUACAAAUCAUUACCGAAGCAUCUCAACAAUCAGAAAGUGCCCCUACUCCUCCAGAAAUAUUGAAUGACGAUGAGGCAUUGGGUGAUGCAGAUGUUGAAAUGGUUGAACAGGAAGAGGAGGAUGAAGAAUAUAAGCAAAAGGAAGCAGCAGCGGGCAAGGCGAUUGAAAUCAUGGCUGAGCCAUCUGCUCCAGUCGAAGAACCAUGUGAGAAAUCAGCCGCCGAAGCAAUCAUGAGUGCGCUGAAGAAUGGAUUGGAAGGUCUUCGUUCGGCGUCGUUGACCCGAGAAGAGGUGAACAAGAUCGAAGAUAUGUUCUUUGAUAUCAAAAAGGAAUUAUACCAGGCGGAAAGCCGGAGCCGACGUUAGGUUUUUGCAUGACAGAGGGGAAAGGGUAUCUAUCUAAAGAAACGGUUGGUAAGGGACAUGACAUAGUUAGGUCUUAGUUGUAUCCAAUUAUUACGAUAAUGGGUCAUUGGCAUGGAGUUAAGGAGUUGAAGUAGAUUACCUACCAAGUCUACUCGAAUUGAAUAUAUGAUAUAAUAUUUAUAUGCUAC